AUGAGUCCCACCCACAGGCCAGCGUUACCUAUUGAGUUCUAUGAAGAUAUCCUGAUUACUGAAGAUUCUUGUGGCUACUGUCCGCUGUCCAGGACCAGAAGCAAGAUGUUCAGAGAGAGGUUUAAAGCAAGUAAUUUGUCUUCACGCCUAAAAAACACCAUGGAUCAACUGGAGAAAAAAAAAAAGACAAAAAGUACGGGGAUGGAGAUAACCAGGAACGACGUCAUAAAUCAUUUAAAGCAAAAGAAAACCCUUCUAGCUGAAGUGUGCGUACAGCGCAUCAUUCGGGAGGACAACUUGUUGGUGGCCAUGGAAAUCGUACAAAUGUUAUGUGAUGUACUCCACAAAAAAGUCGGAUUGAUAGAAUCAAAACCAGACGUUGAGGAAAGCCUGUAUGAAGCCGUGUCCACUGUGAUCUGGGCGGCCCCCCAUCUGGUGACGGAGGCCCCCGAGCUGCAGAAUGUGUCUCAUCAGCUCUGUCUUAAGUACAGCAGGGAAUAUGGAAACCAGUGCCGCUCGGGAAAAACAGGAUUUGUCAAUAGCACAGUAAUGCAGAAAUUAAGUGCCGAAUCCCCUUCCAAAUCCGAGGUGGAGAAACGCCUGUGUGAUAUCGCCAUGCAGGCUGGGGUUGAGUACCAGUCCGGUCCUGGAAGAUCUGGUAAUAGCCCACCUUACCCUGGAGCCAGUACGCCAUAUCCUCAAACACCAUUGCAGAAAUUUCCUAAUCCGGAGAAUAUAAUGGAGGAAUUAGGAAUUGAUUUAGAAAACAGUUUGGAAACAUCAAGUCAGAAGCCAGACCCACCUUCUUUUGAUUGUGUCCCUGGUUUUAAAGAAGAAGUGUUGAAUAACAGCGAAAAAGAUUAG